AUGAUAGAGAAAUUGAAUCAAGAGAUAAAACAACUGAAAGAAGAACAGAACGUGAAGCAAACAGAAAUCAGUGACACAGAAGUUAAAUACGAAAUACAAAGACAAAAUUUAGAAGAACUGAAAAGCAAAAACCACAAAAUGGCUACGAGUAUAACGAAUCUGCAAUCUGAAAUAGCAAAACUUGUUUCUGAAUCAAGAAGUGGCAAAAUGGAAAUCGCUGAAUUGAAUGAAGCACUACAAAGCUAUAAAAAUGAGCAUAAAGCUAUAAAAGAAGAAAACCUCUUGCUAUUAGAAAAGAUGAAAGCACAGAGUACGACCUGUAACCUUCUAGAAGAUAUGAUGGAUAGCGCAGAUCAAACUGAAAAAGAUCGAACUAUAAAUAAUAAAGAAGAAAUCAUAGCUAAAAUGAAAGAGGAGGUAAAAGAACUCAAAGAAAUUAAUAAAAGUAUGACAGUUUCCAUAAGUGUGUUGGAAGAGGAGAACAAAAGGCUAGAGAAAGAGUUGAAGGAAUUACAAAUGGAGUUUGACCGGAUUUUAGCAGAACAUAUUUCAUCAGAAAAAUCACUGGUUGUAAAUGAUACAGAAUCGAAAACUAAAAAAACUACAAAAGUAAUCACUAAAAAUACGCACAACAAACUAAAUGUUAACUCUACCAAAAAACAAGCAAACAUCACCAAUAUUCAUGACGCAAACAUCAUUACUAAUAUGAAUGAUGCUUAUCCCAGUGAUUCUAUCGAAGUUGGGUCAACUAUAAACUAAUAUGCAAUCCACGCCGAUGCUGAGCCCCCUGAGCACCGACUCGACACCGAAACGAGAUUGGAAAAAAAGACUCAGCCUCAGGGAUCACAGAAAACGAGACUCGCAGCAGGAACUGAAAAUGCUAGAAAAAGUAAUUGGCAAGUAAUCGAGCAUUUUGGUUCCAAAGACAAAGGCAGUUUAUCUUCAAGUCUCAUUGCGGUUGGCAGUAUUACUAGGUCAUCGCCUAGUCAUAGAGAAAAUGGAUCGGCUACAAAUUCUCCGGAUCCGGAGAGUCGCGAAGUCGAACUCUUGGUAUCUGGGACGUCACGGAAAGAAAUGCCCGGAUUUUUCCGGAAAUUGGUUCGACUGCUGAGGAAACUGUGUAGUACUCAUCAAUUUAAAAAUGAACAGGUUGAGAUGUUGUACCAAAGAUAUUUCUUGAAAAUGAACCAAAGCAAUAUGACAAAUCUGAUAUCUCUCUUGUUGCUGUUGUGCAUCGGGUUUUUAUUAUUGGGCGUGGCCGAUUUCAUAGUGCCGCAUCCAGAGGAAUCGCACUCGAUUUACGAAGACACCACGCGAUUCGAUUAUUUAGUCGUACUUAUGUGCACGUCGGCUUGUUGUAUUGCCGUUUAUGGUGUCUUACUCACGGUUGUGUCCAAGCCUGCAAUGAACGAAGUUUACCUGAUUAUAAUCUCCUAUUUUAUAUUAUUGACUUUUGUAACUUUACAGAUCUGCAUCGCAUUUUUCUUCGGACAAAACAGGCCGUUAAUCGGUACAGCUUUCGCAGUAACGUCAACUUAUUUGACGUAUGCGCUGAUGCCAAAUCGACUUAAAGACGCUGUUUUAUCUGGAACGAUAUUAGCUGUGACUGAAUUAGUUUUAUUGGUUUACGUGGGAAAUUUAAAGGAUUUUCCAGAUAUUAUAAGUAAUUUUAUCGUGCUGUUCUGUGCAAACUUGGCCGGAGUUUGUACCCAUUAUCCCAAAGAAGUGGCUCAAAGGAAAGCAUUUUUAGAGACGAGGCAGUGCAUCGAGGCGAGGCUGAAAAUACAAAGGGAAAAUCAACAACAGGAGCGUUUGCUUCUCUCAGUACUGCCUAGACACGUGGCCAUGGAAAUGAAGGCGGACAUUGCCGGUCAACCAAGAGAAGAACAAUUCCAUAAAAUUUAUAUACAAAAGCAUGAAAAUGUCAGCAAAAAAAGAACAAUGCCGAAUACCGACAAAAACAUUCCACCGGAAUUUAAAGCUUUUUACGAAAAAAUCGAAGCGUUGUUCAACGAAAAAUUUGCUUUACUAAAAACGGAUUUCGACCACCUAAAAUCAAAGCUGGCUGACAGCGAAAAAUUAAUCAAAGAACUGAAAAGGGACAACGAAGAUCUGGAAGGAAAACUUCUUAAGUUUAAUAGCAAUACAAAGAAAAACAACCUUAUAAUAUUUGGAUUAGAAGAAACGGACGAAGAAGAUCCCUAUCAAGUUGUAUUGAACCUAUUUUCAAGCAUUCUAAAUAUAAAUACAACCAAAGAAGAGAUUUCAGCAGUCUACCGUUUUGGAAAAGCAAGUAGAACUAGGCCCAUCCUUGUAAAGUUCAUAAGCUACCACAAAAAAUCAACAAUAUUACAAAACGCCAAACUUUUAAAAGGAUCUGAAAUAGCAAUCUCACUGGAUUUGACCAAGGAAGAAAGGGAAAACCAGAAAAUACUCUACAGACAUCUCAAGGAAGCCAAAAACCAAGGACUAGAAGCAAAAAUAAAGAAGAACGAACUUAUAGUCCAGGGCGAAACCUUCACCAUAAAAGAAUUAUUAAAUCUAGAAAAAAACGAAGCCCAAGCCUCACAGACUACACCCAGUACGCAGCCAACAGGAAACGCCAAUAACAAACCAAAAACAGCUGAAAAGAAGCCGGCAGAAGCAAAAAACAAUAGCAGCUCGAAGCCCCCAAACGAAAACAAAAAUCAGCAGGCAAACAUCACAAACAAACGUCGCAGCUAUACAGGACCUAAAACUCGUGCCGCAUUUGAUAAAUUGGCAGCCGAACAUCAUUGUCUUCGAAUCAAACUCCUUGGCGACUGUUACUAUUGCGUGUCCGGUCUACCAGAACCCAGGCCUGAACAUGCCCAAUCUACCGUUGAAAUGGGCCUGGAUAUGAUUGACGCUAUAGCGUUAGUAAGGGGUGUAAUGAAUGUUAACGUUAACAUGCGAGUGGGAAUUCAUACAGGUCGGGUGCAUUGUGGCGUAUUGGGAUUAAGAAAAUGGCAAUUUGACGUUUGGUCUAAUGAUGUUACAUUAGCAAAUUAUAUGGAAAGCGGAGGGAUACCUGGGCCUUUCAGUGAGUCGUCAGAAACGCGAGAAAAAAAUCCAGAAGAUGAAGUCAAUGAGUACCUGAUGAAAGCUAUCGAUGCAAGAAGCAUUGAUAGGCUUAGAACUGAGCAUUGCAGAAAUGUGCUCUUGAAUUUUAGAGAUCCCAGUAAAGAGAGAAAGUACGCUUUAGAAAAAGACCGAAUGUUGACGUUGUACUUUAUAUGCUCGACAUUUUGUUUCGCUGCCAUUAUUUUAGUUCAAAUUGCUGUAUUCAAGAGCAAUCACACUGCGUUGUUAUGUUCCAUUCCUGUGGUACUAUUCCUUAUAAUUCUCCCAAUUAUCGUAUAUAUGGACAACAUUAAUCAUCUGCAAAAAAAGCUUUUUGGUCUUUCAAGACAAAUCCACAAAAACCGAAACGUAGCACAAAUUUUCUGCGUAUUUAUGGCUGUAUGCAUUUAUGUUUUGGUUAUAUUAAGAAGCUUGUCUAUGUCCGAAGAAAUCCAAUGUUUGAACUCUACUCUAACCGAAAGCAACUGUACAAACUCCAUAAUAGCCACGGCAAUCGACGACAAUGAAAACAAAGACUGUAAACCCUACUACUUAGUUGACAACCUUCUCCUACUAGUCUUAAUAGCAAUGAUAGCGUGCGCAGUGUAUCAAAUUUUAAUUUCCCUUUUGAAGACAAUCAUUUUACUUUCGGCUAUGGCUGGAUUUUUGGCUAUUUACUUGACGUACUCCAAGGAAGCCGAUUUGAUUUACAAGAGUAUUUGUACGCAUAAAUACAGCUAA